AUAUAUAUAUAUAUAUAUCAACCCUCACAAUCACAAUCACACAAACUCUUCUUCUCCAAUUCUCUUGCGUAGUUAUCAAGCAAAUUAGAUCAGACAUGGGUUUGAAGGAGGAUUUUGAAGAGCACGCUGAGUUGGCUAAGACAUUGCCAGAGAGUACUUCCAAUGAGAACAAGCUUAUUCUUUACGGGCUUUACAAGCAAGCCACUGUUGGCAAUGUCGACACAAGCCGUCCUGGUAUUUUCAACAUGAGGGACAGAGCAAAGUGGGAUGCAUGGAAGGCUGUUGAAGGAAAAUCCAAGGACGAAGCUAUGAACGACUACAUCACGAAGGUGAAACAGUUGAAGGAAGAGGCUGCUUCAGCAUAAGCUCUAUCAUCUUUUGCUGCUAAAACUGUUGGACUAUGUAAUCUUAUUUACCAAUGGCUUGCCUAAUGUUAUGCUUUUCCGUGCUGCAAAAGAAUGCUACUAUUAUUUAUGUUUGAACCUUUUAUCAAUAAACCAAAAAAGAAGUUUGAACUUGGUUUCUUUAUAUUGAGGGAUUGAUAACUUGUUGAAACCUGA